GUGCGGCCGGGGGGCGGGGCGGGAGAUGCGGAGGCCGCGGAGCCGGGCCGCCCCACGGGCUGGGAGCCGGAGCUACGCCGUAGGGGCGCGGCGUCACGGCGGCCCGAGCCGGGAAGCCCCAUUCUCUUUACGCGGCUGCCAAGAGGAAACUUCGUGGGUCCUUCCUCGGCGCCCCGAAGACCUGGCGCCGGCUCCCUGGUGCGCCACGAUCGGUGAAACGCCUCUGCGUCAGGGCCUCGCUGCCCCCGCCAGGUGCGGGGCCUCGGCGCCAUGGACUCGUCGGCGCUGGAGCGGGACGCCGUGCAGUUCGCGCGGCUGGCGGUGCAGCGCGACCACGAAGGGCGCUACUCGGAGGCGGUGUUUUACUACAAGGAAGCUGCACAAGCCUUAAUUUAUGCCGAAAUGGCAGGAUCAAGCCUAGAACAUAUUCAAGAAAAAAUAAGUGAAUAUCUGGAAAGAGUUCAGGCUUUACAUUCUGCAGUUCAGUCGAAGAGUGCUGAUCCUUUGAAAUCAAAACAUCAGUUGGACUUGGAGCGUGCCCAUUUCCUUGUUACACAAGCUUUUGAUGAAGAUGAAAAGGGGAAUGUUGAAGAUGCUAUAGAAUUGUAUACAGAAGCCGUAGAUCUCUGUCUAAAAACUUCCUAUGAAACUGCUGAUAAAACUCUGCAAAAUAAACUGAAACAGUUGGCUCGACAGGCACUAGAUAGAGCAGAAGCAUUGAGUGAGCCUUUAACAAAGCCAUUAUGCAAAAUCAAGUCAACCAACAUUAAACCAAAGCCACCUCCAACAAGAGCACAUUUUCCACUAGGAACUAAUCCCUUUCUUGAAAGACCUCAGCAAUUUAUAAGUCCACAGGCAUGCGAUGCACAAGGACAGAGAUAUACGGCAGAAGAAAUAGAAGUUCUCAGGACAACAUCAAAAAUAAAUGGUGUAGAAUAUGUUCCUUUCAUGGCUAUUGACCUGAGAGAACGUUUUGCUUAUCCAAUGCCUUUCUGCAUAACAUACUCAGUGCCAAGCAUAGUUCCUGGCACAAAUGAUAGAUUGGGCAAGCUACCAUUAUCACCUAAACAAAAAGCUAUGUUUUCCAAAUGGGUACGCCCAGAAGACCUCAGCAACAAUCCUACAAUGAUUUAUACUGUGUCCAGUUUCAGCAUAAAACAGACAAUAGUAUCAGAUUGUUCCUUUGUCGCAUCACUGGCUAUUAGUGCAGCUUACGAAAGACGAUUUAAUAAGAAGUUGAUUACCAGCAUAAUUUACCCUCAGAAUAAGGAUGGUGAGCCAGAGUACAAUCCAUGUGGAAAGUAUAUGGUAAAACUUCACCUCAAUGGUGUCCCAAGAAAGGUGAUAAUUGAUGACCAAUUACCUGUUGAUCAUAAGGGAGAAUUGCUCUGUUCUUAUUCUAACAACAAAAGUGAAUUAUGGGUUUCUCUCAUUGAAAAAGCAUAUAUGAAAGUUAUGGGAGGAUAUGAUUUCCCAGGAUCCAACUCAAAUAUUGAUCUUCAUGCACUGACUGGGUGGAUACCAGAAAGGAUUGCUAUGCAUUCAGAUAGCCAGACUUUCAGUAAAGACAAUUCUUUCCGAAUGCUUUAUCAAAGGUUUCACAAAGGGGAUGUCCUCAUCACUGCAUCAACUGGAAUGAUGACUGAAGCUGAAGGAGAAAAGUGGGGUCUGGUUCCCACACAUGCAUAUGCUGUUUUGGAUAUUAGAGAGUUCAAGGGGCUGCGAUUUAUCCAGUUGAAAAAUCCUUGGAGUCAUUUACGCUGGAAAGGGAGAUAUAGUGAAAAUGAUGUAAAAAACUGGACCCCAGAGUUGCAAAAAUAUUUAAACUUUGAUCCUAGAACAGCUCAAAAAAUAGACAAUGGAAUAUUUUGGAUCUCGUGGGAUGAUCUCUGCCAAUAUUAUGAUGUGAUUUAUUUGAGUUGGAAUCCAGGUCUUUUUAAAGAAUCAACAUGUAUUCACAGUACUUGGGAUGCUAAGCAAGGACCUGUGAAAGAUGCCUAUAGCCUGGCCAACAAUCCCCAGUACAAAUUGGAGGUGCAGUGUCCACAAGGGGGCGCUGCAGUUUGGGUUUUGCUUAGUAGACACAUAACAGACAAGGAUGAUUUUGCAAAUAAUCGAGAAUUUAUCACAAUGGUUGUAUACAAGACUGAUGGGAAAAAAGUGUAUUAUCCAGCUGACCCGCCCCCAUACAUUGAUGGGAUUCGAAUUAACAGCCCUCAUUAUUUGACUAAGAUAAAGCUGACCACACCUGGGACCCAUACCUUUACAUUAGUGGUUUCUCAGUAUGAAAAACAGAAUACAAUCCAUUACACAGUCCGGGUAUAUUCAGCAUGCAGCUUUACUUUUUCAAAGAUUCCUUCACCAUACACCUUAUCAAAGCAGAUUCAUGGAAAGUGGAGCGGUCAGAGUGCUGGAGGAUGUGCAAAUUUCCAAGAGACUCAUAGAAAUAAUCCCAUUUACCAAUUCCAUAUAGAAAAGACUGGGCCAUUACUAAUUGAACUAAGAGGACCAAGGCAGUAUAGUGUUGGAUUUGAAGUUGUAACAGUGUCUAUGGUGGGAGAUCCUGGUCCCCAUGGCUUUCAGAGGAAAUCUAGUGGUGACUACAGGUGUGGGUUUUGCUACCUGGAAUUCGAAAAUAUACCUGCUGGGAUUUACAAUAUCAUUCCCAGUACAUUUUUGCCUAAACAAGACGGACCUUUUUUCUUGGACUUUAAUAGUAUUAUUCCCAUCAAGACAACACAGCUUCAGUGAUGGGGAAAUUGCCGCACUUACUGGAUUUUAUACUUACCAAACAAUCAACUCUUCAAAUGAGGAUACAAAUCUGCAGGACACUAAACAGUAAGAACAGAAUUAAUUCUCCAAAAAUGUUACAAUGGAAUCCGGUGCCCAAGGCAGAGUGUUUAGUGAGAAUUGUAUAUAGACAGAAUUACCAUAAAUUACUUUAGGAGUACCAUUUACAUGGUUUUGUGUAUCUGUGAAUUGGCUUGCAUUUAUAAGGGGCCACAGUGUAUUUUAAAAGUGCAGAUAAUUAAAGCUUAUACUCAAUCACACUGUGAUGUGAUUUUGCUAAGAGGGAAUUGAGACCAGAUGAGGAACAUAGACUCAUUGAAUGGAAUGGUAGGCUGGUAUAAUCUCAACUAUCUACAUUGUCUUUCUGGCAGAGCAUGUUGUAAGGUAAGACCUGCUUGUGUUGUGACUCUACUGUGCAUCUUGGGCAACUAAUUACCAAAUGAAUUAAAGUCACCAUUACAGAUUUUAAUUCUGCAUUGCUUAUGACUUUAAAUGUUUGUGGCCCAGACGUUAUGAAAGAAUAAAGCUUUAAGAAUUACUUAUUAGCUUAGCAUGAAGAUGCUCAUGCUUAGGAGUAAAGGUUGUUAUAGUACCUGUCUCCCAUUGAAUCAUGUAAAGAGAACUGAAGUAUAUGUAUUCGCUGUUGCAGUCAUUUUUUUAUCAGGUUAACGAAAGUAGUAGUCUGAGACAUUGAAGACAUCACUGUUUAGUUGGUACUUUUUAAUUGCUCUCUAGUUCAGUGCUCUUAAUGGUAACAGCACUCUGAAGAAAAUACAAUUGAGAAUUUAAUAUAUUUUAAUUGGGAUUGCAUUCGGGGAAAUUGCCAAGAUACUAAUGUCUUGUGUAUAAAUUCCCAGUUGUUUACAUAAAAAUCCAUCAGAGCAGAAUGAUGCUCAAGAUUUUAAAGAUCUGAAAAUAAGGUGGUAUUUUACAUCAUCUCUUAUAAUUACCAAACUUAUUUUGUAUUUGAUACCUUUAAUUGAAAUAAAAUGUUUAUACUUACAGAAACUGUAUAGUUUAACCGAGAGAAAUUUGAUUAUUAAAGGACUUCAUCAAGUAUGUUCCAUGUAAAAAAGAAAAACUCAUUAUUUGCUUAAAAAAUCUUCUUUAUAAUUCAGGACAGUGGUAGAUUAUUAUACUAGUGAGAAUUCUCUUUGGUAAAUAUAUGUUUAAAAUAAAGGCCAUAGAAAAUUAUAUGUAAUUUGAACUUGUGUUAAUUCAGUUUGCAUCAUGUAAUUCUUUAAGUUCUAAUCCCUGCCCUCAAAAAUAAUCUAAUGGAGGAGACCUGUUUAUGAGCAAGUUCAUGUACUGUAAUGUUUAAUUCUAUAAGAGAUCUCCAAACACAGUGCUAUAGAUGUAUAGAAGGGAAAUUAUUCAUUUUGGCUAGAACAAAUAGAAUCAGCUAGGGAGCUUUUAAAAAUCUAAUGCCCAAGCAUACCCCAACAAUUAAAUCAAAUCUCUAGGGUUCAGACCAGAGAAGUUUUUUAAGCUUUCUAGGAAAACCUAAUGUGCAGCAGAGGUUGAGAAUCACUUUUCCAAUAUAACCACCUUGUCCCCUAAUAGCUCAGAUUUGUAGCGGCAAAAGUACAAUAGAAUUCAAACCUUUGUAAAUGGAGGUUUAAUUGGAAAGAACAGAUGACCACUUUAUUCCAUGCUCUUCCUAUGGCAAGAAAUUUACCUACAAGACUUAGACAAAAUAAGGAUUUCUCAUUUGAAGUCAUAGCAAGUUAAGACAUUUUCUUAAGUGGUUUUUAUUACACUCAAGGUAUUAAGACGAGUACAAAAUAACCUUGUAAUUAAGAUACUGUAUCAGUCAUUAAAAAAGGAGAAAACACGACAGUAUGAAGAGAUUUACAAAUGACUAAAAUAUACAAGAUGUGACAGAAUUAAUGAACAGUUUGAAAUGGGGUUGCUUCUUUCCUUUUAAAAAUGCCAAGUUUUCUUAAAACCAAUAAAAUACAAUGCUCUUUAAUGUUUUCAAGGUUACACAUAUUUAAGAAAAGCAGUCUUAACUAUUAGAAUAAACAGACUCCAUUGCAUCUAUUUAACAGCCUUUGCCAACACAUGCCUACUCCCUUUCCUAGCUUUGAGAAUUUCCUCUAAGAAAUACUAGUGUAGCAUAACCCUUAAAUAAUUUUAAAGUUACAACCUACAGAGAAAUUAACACCUUGUCAACCAUUCUUCACAUGCACUUCUCAGAAUAAGCCCCCUUGGCUGGUAGAAUAAGGUUUACAUACAACCUUUUCUUCCCCAGCCACAAAUCUCUCUGAUAUGUCCUUGCUACCCUCACCUCCCCGACCCCCCAUCCCAACAUUGGCAUUCACUUUUCCCACCCCAAAAAGUGCAGUUCAUAGUAACCUUUAUAGAAAAUGGUUUUAAUGGGUGUUUUAACUACUUUAAAAAAAAAGCCCCUUUUAAACAUCAGAGAUGAUAAAAAUGAAUUAUGUUCUUGGGGUUUUUUUUAAGCCUUCACUGACUGAGUCAAAAAGGUAUGUUCUGAAUUUUGUCUUGCAUUAGCUACCCUAAGAUAUAAAAGGAAAGACCAUCUCUAUUUUCCCAAAUGGGGGGUGAGAGAAGCAAGCUGUUGACCACAGCUGGGCUCAGCUUCCCAGCUCCUUUCCUGCUCAGGUUCUUUUGUGGGAACUAGUUAUUGCUUCCAUAACACUGUUUCAGUUAACGUUCCACCAAGACUGUGCCCUGGUCACAGUCCACCCGC